UCUUCAAAACUGUGUCUGCAGAAAUACUUGUUCUUGUCAAUUGUCAUCAGCAGUAGCAACCGCGUGUUAUGCCCUGCCGAACCAAAGAUCACUCAAUUGUAUCUUUCUCUCUACUUCAUUUGCAGCCUCCCAUUUUGCUCGUGUUAAUUCUUGCCCUCCUCCCCACAAGACCCAGCACUACAUAUAUAAUUAAUCUAAUACCAAUACGCACGACCAACACAUAGAUAUAUUAUGUGGAGGCUAAAGAUUGCGGAGGGUGUGAGCAGCAAUGAGUUGUAUAGCACAAAUAAUUUUGUAGGGAGGCAGACAUGGGAGUAUGAUCCUCACGGUGGAAGUCCUGAGGAGAGAGCUGAGGUUGAAGAAGCUCGUCUCAGUUUCUACAACAACCGUUAUCAUGUCAAGCCCAGCGGCGACCUCCUCUGGCGUAUGCAGUUUCUCAAGGAGAAAAACUUUAAGCAAAAAAUACCUCAAGUGAUAAUUGAAGAUGGCGAGGAGAUCACAUAUGAAAAGGCAACAAAUGCAUUGAAGAGGGCUGUCCACUUCUUUUCAGCUCUACAGGCUAGUGAUGGCCACUGGCCUGCUGAAAAUGCUGGCCCCUUGUUCUUCCUUCCUCCCUUGGUAAUGUGCCUGUACAUUACAGGACAUCUAGAUUCUGUAUUCUCUGUUGAGCAUCGUAGGGAAAUCCUCCGUUACAUCUAUUAUCAUCAGAAUGAAGAUGGUGGUUGGGGACUACACAUUGAGGGUCACAGUACCAUGUUCAGCACAGUUCUCAGCUACAUUUGUAUGCGAAUUCUCGGGGAAGGACCCAGUGGUGGUCAAGACAAUGCUUGUGCCAGAGCCCGGAAAUGGAUUCAUGAUCAUGGUACUGCAACACACAUACCCUCUUGGGGAAAGACUUGGCUCUCGAUACUCGGUGUAUUUGAUUGGUCUGGAAGUAAUCCGAUGCCCCCAGAAUUUUGGCUCCUUCCCUCUUUUCUUCCUAUGCAUCCAGCGAAAAUGUGGUGCUAUUGUCGGAUGGUUUACAUGCCAAUGUCGUAUCUAUAUGGGAAAAGGUUCGUUGGUCCUGUUACACCUCUCGUUCUACAGUUGAGAGAAGAACUCUUUGCUGAACCUUAUGAUCAAGUCAAUUGGAGGAAAACGCGUCAUCUGUGUGCUGCGGAGGAUCUCUACUAUCCCCAUCCUUUGAUUCAAGAUCUGGUAUGGGAUAGUCUCUAUGUAUUCACCGAACCUUUUCUUACUCGUUGGCCCUUCCACAAGUUAGUAAGAAAGAAGGCUCUUGAAGUAACGAUGAAGCACAUUCACUAUGAAGAUGAAAACAGUCGUUACAUUACAAUCGGAUGUGUGGAAAAGGUGUUAUGCAUGCUUGCUUGCUGGGUUGAAGAUCCCGAUGGCGAUUACUUCAAGAAACAUCUCGCUAGGAUCCCUGAUUAUUUAUGGGUGGCUGAAGAUGGAAUGAAAAUGCAGAGUUUUGGAAGUCAGCAAUGGGAUACUGGUUUUGCCAUUCAGGCCUUGCUUGCUAGUAAUUUUACGGAUGAAAUCAGAGACGUACUCAAGAGAGGACAUGACUUCAUAAAGAAAUCUCAGGUCAAGGACAAUCCUUCCGGUGACUUCAAGAGCAUGUACCGGCAUAUUUCUAAGGGAUCCUGGACUUUCUCUGACCAAGAUCAUGGAUGGCAAGUUUCUGAUUGCACUGCGGAAGGAUUGAAGUGCUGCCUACUUCUCUCAAUGAUGCCGCCAGAAAUUGUUGGCGAGCAACUGGAGCCUGAGCGGCUUUUCGAUUCUGUCAAUGUUCUUCUUUCUCUACAAAGUGAAAAUGGAGGUUUAGCGGCGUGGGAGCCAGCUGGAGCUCAGAAGUGGUUGGAACUACUGAAUCCCACAGAGUUUUUUGCUGACAUUGUCGUUGAGCAUGAAUAUGUUGAGUGCACUGCAUCAGCAAUCCAAGCAUUAUCAUUGUUCAAGAAUUUGUACCCUGGUCACCGAAAGAAGGAGAUCGAUAAUUUUGUAACAAAUGCUGUACGAUACCUCGAAAGCAUACAAACUCCAGAGGGUGGAUGGUAUGGAAACUGGGGAGUUUGCUUUACUUAUGGUUCAUGGUUCGCACUCGGAGGCCUAGCAGCUGCAGGCAAGACUUACAGCACCUGCGCAGCCAUGCGCCAAGGUGUUAAUUUUCUUCUCAGCAUACAAAAAAACGAUGGAGGUUGGGGAGAGAGCUAUCUUUCAUGCCCUAAGAAGAAAUAUGUACCUCUUGAAGGAAAUCGAUCGAAUUUGGUACAUACUGCAUGGGCUAUGAUGGGUCUGAUUCAUGCUGGGCAGAUGGAUAGAGACUCUGCACCUCUUCACCGAGCAGCGAAGCUCAUAAUCAAUUCGCAGUUGGAAGAUGGUGAUUUCCCCCAACAGGAAAUCACUGGGGUGUUCAUGAAAAACUGCAUGCUACAUUAUGCAGCAUACAGAAAUAUCUAUCCAUUGUGGGCUCUUGCAGAAUACCAGAGGCGUGUUCUUCUGCCUUCGAAAUAAUUGAAGUCCAAUAGCAGAGUGUCUAACUCAUCAUUGCAAACACAAACGAAAUAAUGAAUUUCAAUCCAAUAGCUAUAUCAGUUUGUUUUAUUGCUUGUUCUUUUAGAAUUUCCCUAAUAUGUAUAGAGAAUAAGGUUCUUGCGUAAUAAUAAUAAUAAUAUAUUUUUGUA